AUGGUUCCGACCAUCAAUGAUUAUUGUGAUAGUAAUUGUUUGACAACAGAAUGGCGAGUGGCGACUUUCAACGUACGUGGACUUGCUAUGGACGCGAAGAAACGCGACCUGGUGGCGGAUGCAAGGACCUACUCCGCGGACGUCGUCGCUCUACAAGAAACCAAGAUACAAGACAACGUAACGGCAACGCUUGAAGGAUAUCGACUGUUGACGUUCAAGCCAGAAACUCCUGCGUAUGGCUUGGGCUUCUUGGUAGCCCCCCGCCUGAGCCCGUUCCUGUACCGCUCCUGGACACCGGCGGACUGCGAGCGGCUGGCCGUACUGCAAUUCAAGUUACCUUGCAGCGGUGGACAACGGACGUUUUUGCUGAGCUUGGUGAACGCGUACGGUCCCACGUCAGCUGUAUCGGAGCGAAAACCAGAAGUCCUCGAUAAGUUUUAUGACCAGUUGACGAAAGUAUUACACGACGUCCGGGGCAGCUCAGCUAUACUGGUGCUGGGAGACUUCAAUUCCAAAGUGGGCCGUAAGCAAUGUUAUGAAGAGUGCCUGGGAAAAUACAGUAAAGGCAAGCGGAAUGCCAAUGGAGACGCUCUCAUUGAAUUUGCGCAAAUGAACAAUCUUCUAAGAGUUGGUGGACAAGCCGUUGAUUAUUCACUCUCAUUGUAA